AUGACACAGGACGAAGCGCCCGCCGCAAGUUCUAGCGGCAAGGGCAACUGGGAGACCCUGAAGGAGCAGGGCAAUCAGGCGUUCAAGUCGAACGCAUUUGCAGAGGCGAUUCAGCACUAUAGCGCCGCCAUCGAGGCCCAUCCAGAUGAACCGGUGCUCUACUCGAACCGCAGUGCGGCAUACUUGAAGAGGGGGCAGUACCAAGAAGCCGCUCACGAUGCGGAGAAGGCGGUGACGAUGGAUAGAACAUUUGCGAAGGCGUAUUCGCGGUUGCACAGCGCAUUAUGUAAUCUAGGCUUGUUUGACCGCGCCUCGGAGGCGCUGAAGGCAGGUCUGAAGGCCAUGUCGACGUCGCCAAAGGCCACGCCACAGGACAUGAAGCACCUCAGGGAGUUGUUGAAUGGUGCGGAGCAGGCCAGCAGAGUUGUGCCACGCGGGCGGCAGCUGAUAGAGACCGGCUGUUUUGCAGAGGCGAGCCGCACACUCGCCGGCCCGUAUCGCGACUUUCCCGGCUCUUCGACACUGGCGUUUCUCUACGCAGAGGCGCACGCGCCCUCAUCGCCGGAUGAGGCAUCCAGAGUUCUCUCCCCCUUCGCGUACACGCACAGCUCUGACCCUUACUACCUCUAUCUGCGUGCACUGGUGCUAUACUACCGCGGUCAGGAGGGCUUCUCCAGCGCGCAGAAUAUUUUGCGAGAGACGCUGCAGAUGGACCCCGACAACACCAAGGCGCGUAUCUUGCUCAAGCGAAUCCGUGCUGUUGAGUCACACAAAGACGCCGGCAAUGUCGCCUUCAAGAACAAGAACGCCAAGGUGGCCGUGGACGAGUACACGCAGGCGGUCGAGUGCGACCCGACCAACGCCCGCAUGAAUGCUACGCUGCGCAGCAACCGGGCAGCGGCGAAGAUGGACUUGAACGACUACAAAGGCGCUCUCCUCGACUGCGACUACGCCAUCAGCAACGGCGCCACUUCUGCGAAAAUCUACGCUCGUCGUAGCCGCAUUCAAGAGCAGCUGGAGAACUUCGAUGAGGCGGUGCGGGACAUGCAGCAGGCCGCCGAGGAGGAUAACCAGUUUGUAGCGGAGCUGCGCCAGCUGAAGGCGCGCGCCAAGCGUGCGAAGCGCAAGGACUACUACAAAAUACUCGGUCUGCCUCAGCACGAGUCCAACCAAGAUGCUAUCAAGCGGGCUUACAAGAAAGCGUGUUUGCAGUGGCACCCAGACAAGUGGGCGCACGCAAGCGAAGAGGAGAAGUCGCAUGCGGAGACGCAGUUCAAGGAGAUUGGUGAGGCCUUUGGCGUCCUGUCUGAUCCAAAGAAGAAGCGCAUGUAUGACUCAGGUCAGAUGGACAAUGACGUGGAGGGGGCCAACAUGCCAAGCGGCUUUGGCGGCGGCGCGAGCCAGGAGGAUAUUGUCACUGUGAUGAACAUGAUGUUUGGCGGCGGUGGCUUCCAGACGAACAGCUUCCCAGGUGCCUUUGAAAGCGCAGGCAAUGGUCGCCGUCGCCCCCGCGGCGGUCCGGGCUUCUUUUGA